GAUUAGUUAGGACUGGAGCUUCAACUGCUAGACCAGUGCAAUCGAUCCAGAGGAAAGGAUUUACAGUCUGCAGGGCGACGGAAGUUGCCUGCAUCCUCAUCAGUAAACUUAUGGGCCUGUUUUGUGCUGAGAUUCUCUAGAGCAGAGGGUUUGGGGAAACUGGUCUCCAUGGUAACACAGUCCUGCCCCAGCUGCCAUGUCCUCCAUCGCUUUGUCAACAUCCCCUGGUUGUGGGAGUGAUGCUGCAGCUGCCAUGGCAACCCAGGGAUCUGAGCAGGCACUGCUGGCCUCAGACCGCUACGCCAGACUCAUUCUGGCCCAGAUGAACAAAAUGCGGCUCCGCACUGACUUCUGCGACGUGGGGCUGAAGGUCGGCAGCCGGGUCUUCAGGGUCCACCGGCUGGUGCUCGCUGCCAGCAGCCCGUACUUCUCUGCCUUGUUCUCCGGGGGGAUGAGUGAGGUGGAUAAAGAGGAGGUGCAGAUCCUUGGUGUGGAGACUGAAGUCUUUGAGGUUUUGCUGGACUUCAUAUACACAGGCGUGAUCAGCGUGACUGUGGAGAAUGUUCAGGAGCUGAUGGUUGCAGCAGACAUGCUGCAGCUGAACGAGGUGGUGUCUGUCUGUGGAGAGUUUCUCAAGGGCCACAUGGACCCGUCCAACUGUGUGGGCAUCUUUCAGUUCCUAGAGCAGAUUGCCUGCAUGGACAUGCUGGAAUUCACUGAGAACUACAUUCAUGUUCACUUUCUGGAGGUGUGUGUUACUGAUGAGUUCAGGGGCCUGUCGAAGGAUCAGUUGGUGAGGCUGCUGCGAAGUGAGGAGCUGAGGAUUGAGGAUGAGUACCAGGUGUUCACUGCAGCCAUGGACUGGGUUCUCCAAGAUGUGGCAAAGAGGAAAAAAAAUGUAGUGGAGGUUCUGGAACCAGUCCGCUUCCCUCUGCUUUCCCCACAGAGACUGUUCAAAUACAUAGAGGGUAUUACUGACUUCAGCCUGAGGGUGGCACUGCAGACUCUGCUGAGGGAAUACACUGAAGUCACAAAGUCUCCCAAAGAAAAUAAGAUGUACAGUCAGCUUCAACCAGCCAAGAUGAGACCAAGAAGAAAAGCCAGAAAAUACCUCUAUGCCAUAGGAGGCUACACUCGGUUGCAGGGCGGCCGCUGGAGUGACAGCCGAGCGUUGAGCUGUGUGGAGCGCUUUGACACGUUCAACCAGUACUGGACCACCGUAUCUUCCCUGCACCAGGCCCGCAGCGGUCUGGGGGUUGCAGUCCUGGAGGGUAUGAUCUACGUGGUGGGAGGGGAGAAAGAUUCAAUGAUUUUUGACUGCACAGAGAGAUAUGAUCCAGUGACCAAGCAGUGGGCUGCUGUAGCGUCGCUGAACUUUCCUCGCUGUGGAGUUGGCGUCUGCCCCUGCCACGGAGCUCUGUAUGCACUCGGUGGUUGGAUUGGCUCUGAGAUCGGGAAGACAAUGGAACGAUAUGAUCCAGAGGAGAACAAGUGGGAGGUCAUCGGCAGCAUGGCAGUUCCUCGUUACUAUUUUGGAUGCUGUGAGCUACAAGGGUUCAUUUAUGUGAUUGGAGGGAUCAGUGAUGAAGGGAUGGAGCUGCGUUCAGCCGAGGUGUAUGACCCCAUCUCCCACCGAUGGAGCGCCCUUCCUGUCAUGGUCACGCGUCGAGCCUAUGUGGGCGUCGCCUGCCUCAAUAACUGUAUUUACGCAGUGGGUGGUUGGAAUGAGGCGCUGGGUGCACUGGAGACAGUGGAGAAGUACUGUCCUGAAGAGGAGAAAUGGAUGGAGGUGGCGCCGAUGUCUACUGCACGUGCAGGCGUGUCGGUGUCGGCGGUUAACGGGCUGCUGUAUGCUGUCGGGGGCAGGGCGGCCAGCAGAGACUUCUCUGCCCCAGUGACAGUGGACUCUGUGGAAAUCUACGACCCUCAUCUGGAUACAUGGACUGAGGUCGGCAACAUGAUCACCAGCCGCUGUGACGGAGGGCUGGCUGUGCUCUGAUAUGCAGGAAUAUCAGCCUCUGAAUCAUCCCAAAACUGCAUAAACUAAAGAGAAGCUGCACCUUAAAAAACACAAAACUGUGUUUUUGUCUCAUGUAGGCUUUCACAUCAUCAUUUAUUUUAUUUAUACAUGGAUUAGACGUGCUUUUCCUUUAUUUGUCCGUAACAUUUGACAUUCAUUGAAAAUAUGAAUAUGACAACAGAUCUGCAACUGGAAAACUGCCAAAACUGCUUCCAUGAACUCUGUUACAUGGUGCAUCUGUUUCCCUAUUUUACAAGAAUGUUAGACUGUCAACGCACUUGUUUUCCCUCCCUGUGUAUCGGAAGACAACGCAAUCCUGACUUUUCACAGCAGAGGUUUCUAUUUUUGAUUGACCAGAAAGUUUUUUUUCAUGAGCAUUAAAGAGUCCUGUGGGGACUGAGACUGAGACUGUUCUAGUUUAAGAUGUGAAAGCACUGUUCUUUAGUUUGUUUUCUUUUUAUCUUUCCUCAAAGGAAUGUUUGAGGUGUGUGCACUGCUACUUACAAAAUGUAUCAAAUCACUUUGAGCCUAUUUGAUAAUGGAACCAAAUGAACCUUAGGGGUGUUUUUAGUUUCAUGGUUAGUGAUUUCUGUAAAUAAUAAUGAACUUGAACAGCACACCACUGUUGUUACUCCAGUGCAGCGAUCACUCAGUUUUCACUGGAUUAUUUUUGUAUAUAUGAUACUGUAAAUAUUUCUGCCUCUUUGUCACUAUUUACGCUUAAAUCCAAGCGAGUGAAUACUGUUUAUUUUCACUCACUGGUAGCACCUGAAAUGACUAGAAUUUACAUUUCAUUUACAUUUCAUCCUUCUAAUGUGGAGACACAUGGCAAUGAUUCACAAUGCACAUGUUUGGAGAUGUGUUUACGCUAAGUACUGCUGGUUUCCUCUUUGGAUUUUGUCAUAUUAGCGCAUAUCACAUUGAGGUGUUGCACAAUGACAGUAUUGCCUAUCAUGUACUGUUAUCCCUUUGGAAGAAACUUAAUAGUAAUGUUAAAAAAGAGUAAUUACAUCUUUUAUUGUUUGAUUUCAUAUUUAAUAAACUUCUUAAAAAGUUA